AUGUUCUUCGCAUUCUCAUCUGGAAAAUCACUUCGCAUCCCUGCCCAAUCACCCAUAGUACAAGCAUACCACGAUGGGCAGCAUAUAACUCGGCCUGGAACGUCGUCGUCAACCGUCUUCGCUGCUGAACCGCAGAAAUCCCGAAUACGCACCUCGUACCAGCCCGCUUAUUCCAUCGAGGUUGACAUCCUCGUCGAACCCCAGCCAGAGCGCGAUGAAGAUGGACGGCGAGAGACGUGGAUAGUUAAGAGCCAGCCUAGCAGGCAGCUGGCCAGAGGCCACGUGAUAACCCUCCACACCGGCAGUCACGUGAUAGAGACCGGACGAGUCUCCAAAGCCGUGACCCUCAUGCGUCACUGGGUCACGUUCCGGCUCACCGGGAGCAAGGACGGCUUACAAAUCAAAGUACCGAUCCCAUGGGCCCGCCUCUGCGACCUAGACGGAUAUACACACACACUCGUCUACCAUACGCUCCCACUCCUCCCAGAACCACACCUUGCAUUCCGUAACAAACCAGACUUCCAAAAUCCCGGCUCUAACCCAUACGAGUUCGAUAUCACCCCUAGCGCUAUCAGGCGCCUGCGCGCACGCAUGGCGAAGAACCCUAGAACAAAGGAGCUCAUAGAGUCUAGGCCUGGAGAAAGCGAAGAAGGUGGAGAAGUGACGACGCACGAAGCGGACACCUUGUAA